AGCAAACUCUGCAGCUCAGUAGCCCUGCUACCUGAUGCAGCAGUGUGUAACACAGCACUUUUCUUGCAAUUAAAUCCAAUGGAUUCAAACGCCUUCAAGUAAGAAAGAAGCAAAGGCAAAACAAGUAAAAUGUCCAGAUUUUGCUUUCAGCGCUGUCGAGGGUUAUUUUUGCAUUUUUCAAGGCGAAGGUAACAGAAGACGUGCAUGCAUGACAAAAAUGGAUUGCCUUUUCCUGUUGAUAUGGACUUUGCAUAUUCCAAUAGUAAACUGCAGUUCAGUGAAGUUUUUGUCAACCCUGUGGUUUGGGAAUGUUAUGAAGGCAGAUAUUGCAGAUUUGUUGCUCCUUUUCUGUCUCUUCUGAAACAGCAGCUUUAAGCAGUGAGGGCAGUGGACUGGAUCAUGAUUAUGUUUUUGUGACACCUAUAGAAGUAGACUCCAUGGGACGGUACAUCUCUCACGAUAUUUUGGAGAACAGCAGAAAGAGGAGAUCUUUGCAGUCUGAGAAGGACUCGGUACACUACAAGCUGUCAGCAUUUGGAACAGAGGUGCACUUAGACUUAAGACCCUCCAAUGUGUUAGCAGACGGCUUCACAGUACAGACAGUCAGCAAAGAAGGCACUACACUACAAGAGCCUACUUUCAGCAAUUGUUUUUAUCAGGGAUUUAUCAGGAAUCACAGUGCUUCUUCAGCAGCCAUAUCAACGUGUACAGGCCUGUCAGGUUUGAUAAGAACACAAGAUGAUGAAUUCUUCAUUAUGCCCUUACCUCCACAUCUUGCAAUUCAGCAUAACUAUACAGUCCCCACGGGCCAUCACCCUCAUGUGUUGUACAAACGCUCUGCUGAACACAGAGUACAUCACAGCAAGAUGUACAGCUCUAAGGAUGCUGUAAGCCAUUCUCUUCAUCCCUAUAACCUGUACAAGAGAGACUACCAGCACAAGAAACAUCCGAAGCAGCAUUUCUGUGGACGGCGCAAGAAAUACACUCCUAAGCCUCCCGCAGAGAACCUCCACGUAGCAAAUGAUGAGUAUGAGCAACAAGGAAGGUUCAAACGCUCCCCUAUCAACUCUAACAGCCUCAAUGUGGAAACCCUGGUGGUGGCUGACCGGAAAAUGUUGGAGAAGCAUGGCAAAGAAAAUGUCACCACGUACAUCCUGACAGUCAUGAACAUGGUAUCCAGUCUCUUUAAAGAUGGCACCAUUGGGACUGACAUAAACAUUGUGGUUGUGAGUCUUCUUCUGCUAGAACAAGACCCAAUGGGAUUAACAGUAAACCACCAUGCUGAUCAGUCAUUGAACAGCUUUUGCCAGUGGCAGUCCGGUUUGAUUGGAAAGACUGGAAAGCAUCACGAUCACGCUGUGCUGCUCACAGGACUAGAUAUCUGCUCUUGGAAGAAUGAGCCCUGUGACACAUUGGGUUUUGCACCUAUAAGUGGGAUGUGCAGUAAAUACCGAAGUUGCACUAUAAAUGAAGACACAGGACUGGGAUUGGCUUUCACCAUUGCUCAUGAAUCAGGCCACAAUUUUGGUAUGAUUCAUGAUGGUGAAGGGAAUCCAUGUAAGAAGGCUGAAGGAAACAUCAUGUCUCCAACACUAGCUGGAAACAAUGGAGUCUUUUCUUGGUCUGCUUGCAGUCGGCAGUAUCUCAACAGGUUCCUGAGUACAGCUCAAGCUUCUUGUCUUGUUGAUGAACCAAAGCAAAUUGGACAAUAUAAAUUCCCAGACAAACUCCCUGGACAGUUGUACGAUGCUGAUACUCAGUGCAAAUGGCAGUUUGGCUCAAAGGCAAAGCUCUGUAGUCUGGACUUUAUAAAGGACAUCUGUAAAUCGCUGUGGUGCCACAGAACAGGGCAUAGGUGCGAGACAAAGUUCAUGCCAGCAGCAGAAGGAACUAUGUGUGGACAAAAUAUGUGGUGUCGGAGUGGUCAAUGUGUAAAGUAUGGGGAUGUUGGACCUAAGGCUGUACAUGGACAGUGGUCAUCAUGGUCCGAGUGGUCGGACUGUUCUCGGACUUGUGGAGGCGGAGUCACGUAUCGAGAAAGGUUUUGCAACAGCCCGAAGCCACAGUACAGUGGGAAGUUCUGCCAAGGUUCCAGUCGUUUAUACCAACUGUGUAAUACCAACGCCUGCCAGCCCAACAGUGUAGACUUCCGGGCACAGCAGUGUGCUGAAUACAACAGCAAACCCUUCAGGGGCUGGUACUACAAAUGGAAACCUUAUACAAAAGUGGAAGCGGAAGACAUCUGCAAACUGUACUGCAUAGCCGAGGACUUUGAUUUCUUCUUUGCAAUGUCAAGUAAAGUGAAGGAUGGCACCAAAUGUUCUGAUCACACAGGGGAUGUGUGUAUCGAUGGCAUCUGUGAGCCAGUUGGGUGUGACCAUGUUCUGGGUUCAGAGUCUGUUCUGGAUGCCUGUGGUGUGUGUAAUGGGGAUAACUCUACCUGCACAUUUUUUAAGGGACAGCACCUCCAGCAGCACAGAUCUAAUGGGUAUUAUCAAAUGGUCACCAUUCCAGCAGGGGCCCACAAUAUCCGAGUGCAAGAGAUGGAAAUCUCCACCAGCUAUCUGGCAGUCCAUAAUUUGAAGAAGAAAUACUAUCUGACAGGGGACUGGACAGUUGAUUGGCCAGGAAAGUUCCAUUUUGCCGGGACUGUGUUUGACUAUCAACGCUCUUUUAACCGACCGGAAAGCCUGUAUGCGAUGGGUCCAACUAAUGAGACGCUGGUCUUUGAAAUUCUUCUCCAAGGCAAAAAUCCUGGCAUCACUUGGGAAUACACUCUACCCAAGCACCUAAACAACAGUGAGACCACCACAAAGAAACACAAUUACACCUGGGUGGCCAUCAGAUCAGAUUGCUCAGCCUCGUGUGCUGGAGGUCGAAUUUCAACAAAAGCUAUUUGUUUACAAGAUCAUCGCAUACAGGUCAACUCUUCUUUCUGCAAUCCACAGACAAGACCUUUGAUUAGAUCAACUAUGUGCAACACCCAUCCAUGCCCAGCCCACUGGUCCACAGGGGACUGGGGUGAGUGCAGCAGGACCUGUGGAGGUGGAGAGCAGUUUCGACCCGUCCAGUGUCUCCGCAAAGUUACUUUCCAACGAGAGGAGGUGGUGGUGCACUCACUAUGUCCUGUUAAGACCCCAGCGCAAAUACAGGCUUGUAACACUCAGGCCUGCCAACCCGAGUGGAAUACAGGGGCCUGGACACAGUGUUCCAAGACCUGCGGGAGAGGACUUAAGAAGCGCAACGUUUACUGCAGGAGCACAGAUCCAUCAGCCAAACCUCUCAUCCUGCCAGACACCAUGUGUAAGCUACAUGAAAAGCCAAAGUCCCAGGAGACUUGUGUUCUGAGGAGGUGCCCCAAGAAUGACAGGCUACAGUGGGUGACAUCACCAUGGAGCGAGUGCUCUGCGUCAUGUGGAUUAGGUAUACAGAACAGAGAACUGAGGUGCAGUGAAAAAGACCUUCAAGGUACAUACACUGUAUUCCCUCAAAGAAGAUGUCGGAAUUUAAAGAAACCCAUUGUGGAGCUGCAGCAAGCCUGUAACAAAGGCACCUGCCCAGAGCCAAGACCUCAUUCUGGGGGAAUUGCUGGUGCUGUGGUGUCAGGAUGGUAUUCUUCCCCUUGGCAACAGUGUUCAGUCUCCUGUGGAGGGGGGGUGCAGACACGUAGUAUCCAGUGUCUCCGACAAGGAAGACCAGCAGCGGGUUGUCUGCCCCAUCAAAGACCCAUCACCUCCAGGGCUUGCAACACGCAUUUCUGCCCUGCACCUGCCCACAAAGAUGAUUUGACUUGUGUGGACUUCUUCAGCUGGUGUCAUUUGGUACCCCAGCAUGGAGUCUGCAAUCACAAGUUCUAUGGACAGCAGUGCUGCAAGUCAUGUUCCAGAAAACAGCGGUAGCUUUGUGUUUGUGAUUUACAGUACUGUUACAAACAGUACUGUUUCCAAGUCCAAUUUUUAUUUACUGUGGAAUUAUGGGAAAAAAGAAAGCACCCGUAUAAAGAAGGAGAGUUGUGGAGGACAUUUGAAGGUCCAAAUUAGAUUUGGGAACACAGUUCAGAAUAAACUGAAGCACAUACAGUAGUUUGUCCUGAAGUACUUGAUGACUGCAAAGUAGGAACCACAUAAAAAUUAUGUUUCCCAAUGGGAUGUAGUCUUAAAUGUAAAAUGCCAAACAAUUUUCUUCCUUAAUUUUAGAUUAAACAUCAUUAGUCACCUGAUUUUCAGACCUGGAAAUGAUGUAUGGUAGAGUAUAUCCCUCGUAUAAUGUAAAUACACUGUGGUGUGAAUUACAACUUAACAGGGGAAAUAUUGGUUUAAAGCCAUUCUGACAACUUUAAAGAGACAAUAAUACUGUACAUGUUUAUAAUCCAGUCAACCAUUUUUCUUUAUGACAUUUUGCAUGUAAAUACUUGGUGUACCAUUUCACAUUAGAUACCAAAUAGUAUCUCUUGGAAUACUUGUGUGUUUUUAACUUGUGUGUUUUUUACAUAGACGUUUUUCAACAAAUUGUUACCUUAAUUCAAUUUUUCAAAAUUGAUUGUUUACAAAGCAGAAGUGGAUUUAUUUCCACUUAAUUCAUUGCUGGUGCUUGAUUUGUUAAUAGCAAGUGGUAUUACAAAACAUUUUGAAGAAAAAAAUGUAUGCAUUUAAAUACAAAUACACAAUAUGAUAGAAUGAAAGAGAAGUGGUAUUCGUGUAGUGCAGUUCCACUUUGUCUUUUUUCCUGCAAUAAUUCACCGAUACAUUUUUUAGUGCUGAUACAUGUUCUGGCUGACUGGAUUAUUAUGAUAAACAUUAAGUUCAGGUACAUAAAGCAACACAACCAUCCAUCAUAACCUGGGACCUAGAACACCCUCAAUUUAUCGUUUGUGUUCAGCUUUUGGAAUACCAUCCAUUUGUUCUGCACAACCCUAGAUUCCCUAGCAAAAGGAUAGAUGCUACUUGAGUUACAACCUUACCACACCUGCACAAAAGGUACAGUAUAAACCAACUCAGGAGGAAUUUCUAAUUUCACUAAGAAAGAAAUCAGGGCUCAAGCUUUGCCUAGUUUUGAAUGUUAGAUUUUUUUCAACCCACACAAAUUUGGAGAGGGAGUGAGAUAGGAAAAAGCAGACUCCAAGGACAUUCCAAACCAGCAACUGUAUCCAACUGUAAUUUUCUGGGGUCUCCUUAAUGGCCAUAUACUGUACCUUCUAUUCCACCCAAUACCACAGCUUCAUUUACUGGUGAGCUGGGCUUGGGUUGCUAUAAAGAUCACAAUGUAAAAGAAUAUGAGCCAGCACAGCACUACAGUCUUACAACAAGUAGUUAAAAACAGUAGUAUCUCUUUCUUCAGCCAAAUUAAUCUUCAUUUUUUCCAAGGGGGAACAAGAAUUGAAAGCAGACGAUCUGCUCAAUCUUGGAUUUUUUCCCCUUGUUUUGUAGACUUUGUCAUUGUGAGAUAAUUGUGUGUUGUAUAUUGUUUUUUAUCCCCUUGUGAUUGUAAAGAGAGAAAAAAACAAUAAUUUAUUAAUGUGUUCAAAGGCUCUUUGAGGAUUAAUUGCCUGUGGGGGGGUGUACAUGCAGUACCAUAUUUCAUGGGUAAUAGUGUCCUAAUAAUGUAAAAUAGCACAAUAUAAGUAUAAUAUUUAAAUAUUUUUAAAGUUUUAUAAUAAAAUAAUAUUUCAACAUUUCUCACAUCAUUCAGUCUUGCUCUAUUUCCUGUGCCUUGCUUGAGGUGACUGAUAAUGUGUUGUAAUCUGUUUUUCUUGCUUUAUUCAAUAUGUGCACUGCCUGAUAUAGAAGCUCUCUUUGUACUUAAUAAAAGCUUAAAUUUA